AUGGUUCGGAUCACUCCAGAGCUUGUAGAGAACUCCCCGCAGUUUACCAAUGCCAUAAAGGACCGCGAAUUAGACCUAAGAGGGUACAAAUUCCCUGUUGUGGAGAAUUUGGGCAGCACUCUGGACCAGUUCGAUACUAUCGACCUUUCGGACAAUGAAAUCCGAAAGCUAGAUGGAUUUCCCUUGUUAAGGAGACUAAAGUCUCUUAUUCUCACAAACAAUAAGAUCGUCCGGUUGGCCGAAGACCUUGGACAGCAAAUUCCCAACCUAAACACGCUCAUUCUGACUGGGAAUGCAUUUUCGGAGCUGAAGGAACUCGAACCACUGUCUACCUGUGACAAACUGUCGUUUCUCAGUCUCGUCCAUUGUCCGGUCACUAUGCGCGCCAAUUAUCGAUUGUUUGUGAUCAGCCGGCUUCCUGCAUUGCGGUUUCUAGACUAUCGCAGAGUGACACAGUCUGAACGCAAGCUAGCCCGAAGUAUGUUCAAACGUCUUCCCGCCAUCGCCGCCACUCCUACUAACGUCGUCAAGAACCCUGUCGGAAAACAGGUCAAUGGUUUACCGUCUGAUCACCGCACGACCACUGUCAAAACAUUCAUCCCAGGUGCUCCAAUCAACCAACCGGCUAAUAUGACCUCAUCUGGUCGUGAAGAAAAUGACUCGGGCUCACGGGGUUCCUCCGAAGCCGGUGCCACAACAAAUGAACCCGCAAUGCCGCCACCACCUGGCCCCACUCAUCCUGGAUCCAAAAGACCCGCUUCUGGUGGGACGACUCAAGACUUGUUCGCUAUCCAAGAAGCGAUCAAACGAGCCAAGUCCAUGGACGAAGUGGAGCGUUUACAUCAACUGCUAAGUAGCGGGCAGUUUGCUGGAUUCGCUGCGCAGUGGCAGCAACAUUUGAGACAACAGCAGCAGCAACAACAACAACAGCAGCCACAGCAAUCACCUGCACCUGAAUCUGAACAAAGCGCGGAGCAAUAGCUGUUUCUUUGAGCUCGGUUUCCCCCUUUGUGUGACAUUGCGUUGUUAUCAGGCUGUCUGUUGGUGCCU